GUGGGAGGGGACGAGCCCUCCAGUCACGUGGCGGGGGGGGCCCCGCUGGCAGCAUGGAGGCGGCGAGCGCGUGACAGCGGGGCAAGGCGGAGCAGCAGCGGCAGCGGCGGACCCUCGCACCCGUAAAAAUCCUCCAACAACAACAAUAACAACAAACCCGCGGAACCCCCAACGCACACCCGUGCAUUGCAACCACCGGCGGGCCGCCAGAUGUUUCCCGCCGAUGCAUUCGCGUUUUCAGUGCAAAAUCAGCUUUACUGCAGGUUUGCGAUGGUGGUUCUGCAACGUUAAGCACCGAAGCUGCACGAUUGCUUUCCUUGAUCUCGCCGUGGUUCCACCGUUGUGCCACUGGACGGAGGUGGGGGAAGCUGAUGGUCUCGUUAAACCGCAGCGAGCCGCUGUGUAUUAGCGAGCUGUUGCCGGCUGCGAGGGCCGGCUGCGGCGCGGAGCGGGGCCGCGGGCCGGGGGCGAGCUCGGCCUCCCCGGAGCACGGUGGCAGCGAGGGAUGCAGCCCGCGCUCCUGCUCCAGCCUGGACUCUCCGGACGGCCGUGAGCCGCUGGAGCGGGGCGGCGUGGUGCGGAUGCUGGUGUCGGGCUUCGAGAGCCACCAGGGCACGCACCCCGGGCCCCUGCUCGACGCCACCGUGGCCGUGCCCGACUUCCGGCCCGGCUCGCCGGCCGGCUUUGUGCCCACCCUGGAGGAGAUCGAGGAGUUCCUGAAGGAGAAGAUGGAGGCGUUCAGGGAAGGUCUAUCGGAGGGAGGGGAGGAGGCGGAGAUCAAGGUGGAGGUGAAGUCGGAAGCCUCGGUGGAAUCUGGCGGCUGUUUGGAAGACGGAGGGAGCGGGGCUGGCGGGGACGCGAUCGGCACGGACCCGAUGGCUGAGAAUGUUCCCGUCGUGCUUCAGCUCCAGCCCGUGCAGGUUCCCGGCACCAACACCACCACCACCACCACUCAGGCCUCGCCGCCCGGCCUCAAACUGACCCAACUCAUCGUCAACCUCCAGGGCCAAGCCUUCGCCCUGGUGCCCCAGCUGGUCCAGGCGCCGGCCAACAGCGCCACCCGCCAGUUCGUCAAGAUCGCCCCCCUGCCCAUCGCCACCCGGGCCGUGGCCGUGGGCAGCCUGGUCAACGUGGUGGAUGCCGGGCAGGAGCUCCAGAAGUCGCCCGCGGCCGACGUCAUCCGCGUGCACAAGUGUUCCUUCCCCGGCUGCAACAAGAUGUACAUCAAGAGCAGCCACCUCAAGGCACACUACAGACGCCACACCGGAGAGAAGCCCUACCCCUGCACCUGGCCAGACUGCGACUGGCGGUUCUCUCGGUCGGACGAGUUGUCCAGGCACUUGCGAUCGCACUCGGGGGUGAAGCCGUACCAGUGCCACAUCUGCGAGAAGAAGUUUGCCCGCAGCGACCACUUAUCCAAGCACUUGAAAGUGCACAGGGGACUGAGGAACGACAGAAUAACCAGAACAGCCAGUUAACGUUUGGUCCUGCUCCCAACUUUGUAGAGACGCACGCCAGGGCCAUUUCACCCGUGUAUGCAAUGUACAGAGGACAUCAAGAUGCAUCAACGUGCGUGUCGGACAUAGGCUGUCGAUGAGGAGGACUAGAGGUUCUUGCUUUACAAGUUUUUUUCUAUUGAAGUGAAACUCAUUUAUCACCUGAUGUCUACUUUAAUCUGCUCCUUGUGCCCUUCGUAUAAUUGCAGAGAUGUGGGUAAUUUUCAAUGUAGAAUUCUGCCAGGUCUUUGGGCUUGUUCCUUAGCUUCUAAACUAGACCAAUCAACUGGAGCUCAUUGGAGAGAUGAACCACACAAUAGCUUUUU